AUGCCAAGCACAUUGCAGUACCAUGGAUAUUUCAGUUACAAGAGCGUGAUUUGUGGUUCUAAAUUCUCCAAAUAUGAUCAAUACUAUAAUCAUCGCAUGCAACACACUGGAUUACCUUAUAAAUGUGGCGUUUGUGAAAAGCAGUUUCCAGAUGCUUACAAGAUUAAGCGUCAUAUAAGAGGUGUGCACAAAAUUGAAGAAGACAAGGAGGUGCAGAAACUCGUUGUAAGAAUAAACAUAACAAAAGAAUAUAGAGGACGAAUAGUCGAAGUUUUGGAGAAACCAGAAGAUGAAAAUAAAUAAAAUUUUAACUCAUAUAAUAAUGGUAAAAGCUGUUUAUAUCAAUUUUGUAAUUAUUUAAGAAUACAUAUGUCCUUAACGAUGCCGACGUAUAAUAUCUAUGUACAGAUGUACGUACAUGUUUGAAGAUGCUUUCAAUAAAAAAUAAUGAGCAAGACGGAAAAGCCUCACUUUAGGAGUAGGCUGUAUAGACAGCUCAGUAUAUCCAGUAAACAAACUUAGAAACUUUUUACCACCAAAUUUGGUCCCCAUAAAGGACUAGUGCA